GUCACGGUCGUGGGGGAAGGCGCCCCCCCUCCGCCCCGCCCUGCCCCGCCCCUCCGCUUCCUCCCGGGCUCUGGCACUGGGGCCGCUCUGGGCAGAGGAGCAGCAGCGAGCCCAGCGGCGGCAGCAGCAACCAUGGCAGGGGAAAAGUUGGAGCAGUGCCAGCGGCAGGCGGACGAGGUGACGGAAAUCAUGCUCAACAACUUUGACAAGGUCCUGGAGCGCGAUGGGAAACUCUCGGAGCUGGAGCAGCGUUCAAACCAACUCCUGGACAUGAGCUCAGCGUUCAGCAAGACAACCAAGACCCUGGCCCAGAAGAAGCGAUGGGAGAACAUCCGUUGGCGUGUCUGUUUGGGGCUGGUGGUGGGCGGUGGCCUGCUCAUCAUCCUGAUUGUGUUGCUGGUCAUCUUUCUCCCACAGAGAAGUGAGGGCAGCAGUGGCCCACAGGCCCAGGACUCAGGUCCUGCCUCGAGCCCUGGGGGCUGACCCACUUGGGCCUGGAGAGGCCAAAUGGCCACACUGGCUGAUUCUGGUCCCCAAAGAACAUUGGCACCUGCUCCUAUCUGAGCCACCCGAGUGAGCGCCUGAAGGCAGCUCCAAAGUGUGCACCUUUGCAUCUCCCAUCACGCCACUGACUGGCCCUGAGGGCAACCUGCUGCACUGGCCACGCCAGGCCAGCCCCACUUGGAGCUCAGUAAACACUGCUGCUUGGUUAAAAA